AUGGAAAGGCUGCUCGAGUCGGGAAAAGCGCGCGCGAUAGGCCUUUCCAACUUCAAUAUUCUCAAGACGAAGCAGAUUCUGGACGUAGCGCGGAUUAUUCCGGCCGUGAACCAGGUGGAAAUCCAUCCAUACUUUCCCCAGCGGGAGCUCCUGGAAUUCUCGUCGAGGCAUGGGAUCAUUCUGAUGGCUCACCAGCCGCUCGGCGGGCGGCCGGUCCCGGUGGUUCGAGCCCACAGCGACGAACCGUUCCCAACCGAAGACCCCACGAUUCUCCGCGUUGCCAUCGAAUGCGGGAUGACACCGGCACAAGUUUGCCUCUCCUGGGCUGUCCAGCGUGGCAUUCCGGUGAUCCCGAAAUCCGUUCAAGAAGAACACAUGAAGCAGAACCUGCAGCUGAAGAGGUUGCCGGACGAUGCUUUCCGUGCGGUCGACGAUAUCACGUUGAAGCGCCGACCCAUCCGAUUUCUGGAUCCCAGCCGUCACUUGGGGUUUGAUAUUUUCGACGAGGACAAUGACCAGCCCUUCAAGCGAACAAGCAAGGGGGUAGCCAAUUUUCUGCGAAUUGAGACGGGGAACCAACUGAGUCUCCUGCAUAUGCAUCAGGCCAUUUUUGAAUCUUCAGAGCAUGAAUUCCUCGCCGCCACUGCGAGCCAGAUGGACCAGUCGCAGAAGAGAUCCUUUGCUGGGUUCCUGUCUCGCUCUGGCACCGAGAAGUCCGUCCAGCGGGGCUUCGUCCGCACCGAUACUGCGUCGUCCUUCCUCUCCGUCGCGGCUUCUUCCCUCGACCUCUCCGACGACGAGAAGGGCCCGCUUGGCUUAACCACGCUGUACGAGCCACCACCACCUGCAACUCCGGUUGCGGAUAUAGUCUUCAUACACGGCUUGGGCGGAGGCAGCCGUAAAACAUGGUCGUACUCGCCGGACCCUCCCCAUUACUGGCCGCAAAGUUGGCUUCCGCAGGACGAGGACUUCGCUGACGUCCGAAUCCACACCUAUGGCUACAAGGCCGACUGGGGCGGUCGCCGCCAGUCCGUCCUGGACACCCACGACUUUGCGCAAUCGCUCCUGGGUGCUCUCCGAAACCACCCGGCAGUUCGACGAAGUCGCACUCGCAUCAUCCUCGUCGGGCACAGCAUGGGCGGUUCUGUCGCCAAGAAGGCCUACAUCCUUGCGCGGCAGGACCCGACAGCAGCAGACCUGGGCGCACGAGUGCAUUCCAUGUUCUUCUUGGCGACUCCCCACCGCGGCUCCGACAUGGCCACGGUUCUCGAGAACAUGCUGGCGGUCGCUUGGGGGCACAAGCGCUUCGUAUCAGAUUUGGCACCCAACUCGGCGGCACUGACAGCCAUCAACGAUGCGUUCCGCCAUUUUGCGCCCGAGUUGCGUCUGUGGUCGUUCUACGAAACCUUGCCGACGCGGGGCGUGAAUCGAAUCGUGGUCGAGCGUCACUUGGCAACGCUGGGGUACCACAACGAGGAAGUUGCGUCUAUGGACGCCGACCAUCGCCAUGUGUGCAAAUUCGACACCCCGGCGGACCCGAACUACAAGGUGCUACGGAAUGCUCUGGUCAGCGCCCUUGACAUGAUUAGGUCGACCUCAAGGGCGGACCCGGAGCGGUCCCACGGGGCCGGUGGCGAACGAGACCAUCCUGGCCUGCAUCAGGCACCCUCCGUGUCAGCGGCCGAAGCCACCGCGAUCGUGCGCUCUUUCCUCGGAGUGCGGGAGCCGCUUGAGGGCGACCUGGCAACCCUCCAGGUGUUGAAGCAGCCGGGGUCCUGCGAAUGGUUUACCAAGAAGAGCUGCUUUACGGCGUGGCGGGAUGGCACGGCACCGGGAAUCCUCUGGCUUGUCGGGCGACCGGCUGCUGGGAAAUCAGUCCUGGCUUGCCAUGUCAUCGAGCAGUUGACCCCUCCGCAUGCCCUUUGCAGUUACUUCAUCUGCAAACAUGCAAAGGCUGGAGAAUCCACGCUGAGCGAGUGCUUCCGCUCGCUCGCGUUCCAGAUGGCGAUCCAGGACACCGCGGUGAUGGGGGCUCUUCUGCAGCUCGCGCGGGACGACCUGAGUUGGGACAAGAGUGACGAGUCGAGUGUUUGGCGGCGCCUGUUCACGAACUGCAUCUUCAAGCUACCAUCUCUUGGGAAGCACUUCUGGGUGAUAGACGGCCUGGACGCGUGCAGCAGUUUUGGUGCGCUUUUCACGAAGAGGCUACUUGCCAGUCUUCCACAACACCUACGAUUGUUCGGCACAAGCCGCAACCUCGAGGAGAUUGAGCGCGGUCUUGCCUCACUGGGCGCCAGCCGUGCCAGUGUGCAGGUUUUGUCCGAUACCGAUACAAUCGAGGAUAUGCGACUCUUCUUGUCCACAAGGCUAAGUGAACUCGGCCGCCCAGAAACAGCAGAGGAUCGCGAGCGCAUGUGCGAGAAGAUACUGAGAAAGGCCACCGGUUCCUUUCUUUGGGCUCGGCUGGUGCUGCAGGAAUUCGAGGACGCUUGGACAGAAGAAGCCAUGGAUGCCAUUCUGCGCGAAAUUCCAGCCGAUUUGUCCGCUCUGUACGCCCGGGUGGUGCAAUCCAUCCAGGCGGACCGGCGGAAACUGCCCCUGGCGAAGUCCAUUUUGACUUGGGUUGUUCUUGCCAGUCGCCCAUUGACGGUCGACGAGUUACGGUGCGCGGUCAAGCUCGAUACCAAUCAGACCCUUCAAAACGCGGCCAAGGCGAUUCCGGACCUCUGUAGCCAGCUGGUCUUCAUCGAUCAGCACGACAACGUGCACAUGAUACACGAAACCGCGCGAGAGUUCCUGCUUACCGAAACGGGUGAGCUGCCGCCCUCAAUGCAGAAGAAGCGCGACCACACCCGGGUCGCAUCUUUGCUGCUCAAGUACUUGUCAAGCGGCGUGCUAAAACCGUUGCAAGGCAAAGCCCACCACGGCAGCGGCCGCCCUCGUGGCUUCGCCAAGCCUGCCGUAACCGCGGCACCAGCCGAUACAUCUUUGCUCGAAUACGCAUGCGCCUUCUUCUCUGAGCACCUCUACCGGGCCACAUCGUCGGACGAUCCCUUGAUGGACGAGCUAUCCGACUUCCUCGGCACCAACAACGUCCUCUCCUGGAUUGAGCAUAUUGCCGCCGGCGGCGACCUUACACCGUUAAGUCGCACAGCCAUGAACCUCCGCGAAUACCUUGGCCGGCGCAUGAAGUACGUGCCGCCAACCGACAGAUCCGUUCAGCUUGUUGACGGCUGGGCCACGGAUCUCAUCCGGGUUGCCGCCAAGUUCCGUGCCCAGCUCUUGGACUGCCCGUCGUCAAUCCACUCUCUGAUCCCUUCCCUGUGUCCAGCUGAGUCGACAAUCUCGCGGACAUCGAGCAAGGAUGCGCGGCAGUCGUCAUUUGCCUCCACCCUGACUGUCAAAGGUCUCCCGCCAGGUUCUUGGGACGACUGCCUCAUCCGGAUGGAUUUCCACAAAGGCCAGACGACAGCUGUGCGCCAUGGUGUACGCUACUUCGCUAUUGGGCUGUCCACCGGCCAGAUUUCUCUCUACGACCCCACUUCCAUUCAGGUCCUACAUGAGUUGAAGCACCAAGAGCGCGUCAGAAUUUUGGAAUUCAGCCCAGAUGACCUGCUCCUUGCUUCGUGUGGCACCAAGCACAUUACUGUCUGGGACCCAAAGGCCGGGACUAUGGUAUCCUCAUUUGAGCUGCACUCACCGCCGUUAGCGGUUACCUUCGUUGGGGUCGACGAGCUCCUCGGGGCGUUCCGAUCGUGCGAGCUGAUCAAAUGGAACUUGCAGACGGAGGAACAAGAGUGCAUUUCAUGGAAACAAGUCGGUUCUCAGGGAGGAAGCGGGACGUACGACGCUCCGGAAGGUAUCGUCCCGGCUUCUCCACCCUCCGUUGCUGCCUUCCUCACGAUCGACGGCGAAGUUCUGCUUGCUGUUGGCUACCGUGCCCACCCGAUUCUCGUGUGGAACGCUCUCGACUUACAACUGCUGGGGUUUUGUGAGCCCGACAUCGCCAACAACGGAAUCGACACCAUGGUGUUCAACCCAAAUCCGGAGGUCCCGGCCCUGCUGGUCGCUUUGCAGGGCGGCAGCCUGUGCAUUUUCAACUAUGUGACUAUGGAAAUGCUGUGCCGACGGCCGGAUGUCUACGCCAACAGCGUUGCCUGUUCACCCGACGGCCGCACGGUUAUCAUUGGCAGCAGCCAGGGCCUCAUCGAGGUCUUCGAGCUUGAGCAGGACCAUAACGGUGCCGCCACCACCCUGAAUCUCAUUUAUCGCAGCAACCACCCUCUAGAUGGACGGAUUGUGGGUGUCGCGUUCAGUGCUGAUGGCCUCCGCUUUGUCGAUGUGCGCGGGCAGCAGGGGCGUGUGUGGGCACCGGCCGCCUUGCCGACGCGAGGCAUGCUCGACGGUCUCGCGGACCCCGUAAUCACGACGCAUCUUAUUCCCUCCGCGGACGGCAAGUUCAUCGUCGCCGGUAAGAGCAACGGCGAUGUGGUCCUUUUCUCUACCGCGGAUGCCGCGCAGGCAGGCAUCUUGUACCGGCAUGCCCGCGACGCAUCGAUCGUCAGUAUCAGCUUUGUCGAGGCUCGGAAUCUCCUGAUCUCCGCCGACAUAGCUGGCCGCGUCUUGGCAGUGCAACUGCAUGCACCGCUGUCCGAGGCUGCGGCAAGUUCAGACACGGAGAGAGUUUCCGUCCUGCUUGACCAAAGGUUUGGUGGAGCGAUUGCGAGUUUGCUCACGAAUGCGGCUGGAAAUCGUGUCCUUGUGAGCGGCCCCUUUUUCGACCAGUUAUGGGAGCUUCCAUCAGGACGAAUAUUCCUUCCUAAGGGCGCCGCUGGCGCCGAGCUUGCGGUCACAGGCACAUCGGUGCCGCCGCGUCCGGUAUCCCCUGCGCCCAAUGCAGCGGCUGCGGUGACCGGGGAUGGCACCACGGCAUCGACAGCCGAGACACGAUCCGCUUUCCAGCACCCCAGCAACCCCGAUUGGUUCGUGCGCGUUACGUCCGAUAUUGCUCGAGUGUAUUCCUGGGCCGACUUCACCGAGCUCACAGCACAGGAAGGCAUUCGCUUGGCGAGAGAACUGGUCGUGGGCUCCGAACACAACCCGCCAUCCCCAACUCCCCCUAACGCCUCUUCAGCAACUGCCAAUGCGUCCUAUCAUCUGGGACCGGGAUUCGUUGUCGAACUUUUCCGGCCAACUGCAUCUUCUUCCGCACGGCUCUACUUGUGGCCCGCAGCCGAGUUUGAUCCCUCCCGCCCGGAAUCCGUCGCUCGACCGGCGAGCGAGCCCAACCUAGCUGCCGUUGGUCCAGCCGUGCUGUCAAUACUUCGCAUUGUCGGUCCAUCAACCCUCCUAUUUUUGGAUAUCAGGCUGUGGGUGUGCAGCGUAGAGCUACACUCCGUGACCAACACGACAUCGGCUGGCACUCUGUUCCGGCCGGUUGGCUUUGGAAGGAUGCCGACUUCGACCUCUACGCCCGCGGCAGCAACUGCCCCUCGGCCUGACCCGCGGCUGGUGGCCCCUGUGGCGAGAGAGCCGGCAUUCCACGCCCGCCGGCAUUUCUUCGCGUUGAGCGAGUGGCGCACGGCGAGCGGAGAAUUGCGGUGCAGUGUGGCAUUCGCUUCGCCAUCGCCAAGUCGGGGUGGUAAUACAGCAGGGCGGGAUAUUGUUGCAUUUGCCAAUGGGCAUCGGCUUGUCGUCAUCCAUGGCGGGUUGGAGUUUGCGGAAGACGUUGUUGCUUCGGUGUCCAUGUCAGGCGUCGGCGGCGGUUUGGGCAAUGGGAACACUUCACAGCAUGUUUGGAGUGUUGUAUCCGGGAGUAUGCAUCGGCGUUCAUCCAACUGGUAAGGGAGUUGGCGUUAAAGAGGGCGUUUCCAGCGAGUUGGGAAAGGGAACAAGACCCUAGAUAUUAUCCAGCUUUCGCAAAUGGGAAACAGGGGACGGCAUCGGAACCUAAUUUCGGGGCCGAGGCGGCGCUUGGCUG